AACGGCAUACAGCAGGAUCCCGGUACCCACCCGGUGGCCAUCAAACAGAACCAAACAUAACCCCAACUUUAUUCUGCUAUAUGUUCUGCUAAUGACCAGUUUAGCAUAGUUCGACGCCAUUUUUAGUUUCUAUUGAAUUAACUGAAUAUCAUUAUGAGGUUUUAAUUGUUGAUUGGACAAAGCAGAUUUGCUUUGCUUAGAAAUGAAAAUGGAUCCAUUGAAACAGGAAUCUGCCACCACACAGUCUGAUGCUGUGUUGUGGUUUGUAUUUCUGUUGGAUCCCAGCUUGUUAGAAAAGCAUUUAAAUGAACAGGACUCAGAUCCCACUCCUCCUGAACUUAUUACCAAAUUCCUGACCAAUGGUCAGGCAAAUAAUGAGGCGAGGAGUAAAAAGAAUCUUGCCUUAAAAAUCCUUUCACUCAAGGUUGCUGCUCACCUCAAGUGGGACAUGUCUGUUUUACUCAACAGACUAUCGCUGGGUAUGCAGUUUCUACUCUUAAAAGAUCUGAUCUACAUGUCACGACAGGAAGAGUGGGACCCUUCUACUGACAUAGCUCUGAAUUUUGAUGAUAUUACUCCUCAAGCUUUAUUCUCGAUAGUGCUGUUUCACCGUUGGGUCUUAUGCGCUCUUGUUAAACAAAAUAUUUCUAUUAAUUGUUCCUCCAGUGGCAAUGGAAAUGCUAACAUUGGUAGGGCACCAGGAGCUAUUACCAAUGGUGCUUCACCUGCAGAAAUGCCUCCUGAUGAGGUGUUGAGACUUCUAGAAAAGCAGGCACCUGAAAGUGUAGCAGUGUUACAAAAGGCUCUGCAAGCUCAACCUACAAACUAUUCAGUUCCAACAUUUGACACUUUUCAGCCUUUGACAGAAGACAGCAGCGAUGUUGAAAUGCUGUGGGAAAAGUGUGAACCAAUUACUCUGGAAGAAUUUCGAUCACAGCUUCAUUUUGACCUUGGAGUGUACUUCAUAUUUCGCCAGGAGCAUGAUUUGGCAAGGCAAAACUUUUCUGCCUGUGAUGAAUUAUUUUCCAAGUGCUCUAGGCCAUCUGUGUAUUGCAGUGUGUCCCGGCCUAAAUUAGAUGGCUACCGAAUUGCAUGUGGUGUUUUUUCCCCUCAAGCACAAACGUCACUUCUGUGUCAAUUCCAUGCUUCAAUAAAACAACAGUACAUGGGAAUAGUAAACAUAUUGAUCCAGGACAAUAAAUCUCAAGAAAUCCCAAUGGUUCAUAGGGAACAUCUUGAAUUAGAUAUCCAAGGAGCGAUACAAAGUGGCAAAUUCACUGUUGCAAGAGAUCUUCUUAUACAUGUACAAUGCUUAAAUAUUGCGCGCAGACUUGCUGGUUCUCUUUUGAUCUGCCAAGACUAUUCUCACCGCAUCCGUGCUGCCGGACCCAAGGGAGCUGACAUUCUUUUAAAUAUUCUAAAACCACUUUUGCUUGAGGACAAAAAGAUUGAUGAGCUGAAUGAACACGUGUCUUGCAGGUUUAGGGUCAGAACAUUUAUUCGAAACCUGUUAGAGUCAGGCAAUCAGGUAGCCCUCGCCAAAGCUGUUCAGGCAUCUCCUGAGUUUUGUUCUCUAUUCAAGCCCAGUGAACUUGACCAACUCUGUGGAAAAAUCACUGAUAUUUCCAUCCCUUCUAUGUUGUCAUCAAGUUCAUGGGAUAUCCCAGACCUCGGUCCAAGAAAAAACCCUCGUCUAGAAAUUGGAUCUGUGGAACAGCAAUUAAUUCAGUCUUAUGAUCCAGAAGAAAUACGCCAAUUAUUAGCCAAACUUAUCAGUGUUCCAACAGGCAAAUCUCAACCCAAGUCUGUUUGGAAUGUUAACAGUAAGUGGGAGUUGCCCAUCCCGGUUCAUAGUGUAGUUAUGAUUUUACCCAAAGGAUUCCUUCAAGACUUUUGUUAUAUCCUCCUGGCUAAAGCCCAUGAGCUGGCGUCUGUGCAGGAAUAUUCAUCAGCUUUGAAAAUGUAUGCUAUUGUCGAUGAAGAGUUAAGGAUUAGUCCUAACAUUCCACCAAUAGUCAAAUUGAUGAGACUUUGCAGAUGGGAGGCUCUUGUUGUUGAAAUCACACAGUAUUUGGAUGAGUGGCCUGCUCAUAAUGCCCGGUCUAACGAGCUUGCUGAAGCCUGCAGGGCAUGUUUAUCAGCAAGGCAAGCAGGAGAAGCUUUAAUACCUCGCCUGGAAGUUGUGGAGAGAUGUGUUCUCAUGCUAUUGAAUGCUGGUCCCCCAACUGCUGUUAUUGGAUCUCCACUUGAUUUUCUUACAAAAUUGGAUAGGCAUUGCGGUCAUGUUGAACUGGCUGCAGCAUUUGCUUAUGCAUGCCAAGAUGUUGUACGGCAAAAGAAUUGUCGUCAUGUAUCACGAGACGCUUGGGACUUAGUUCUACCUGUUUUCCUGAAGGAAGCUACCAAGCGUAACAGCUCAGGCCAUGCAGUUCACCAUUCCCACCGAGACUCACCUGCCAACACGGGUGGGCUCUGCACCUCCUCAUUGUGGGCUUUUCUUUCCCAGCUCAGGGAACCAACCAUGAUAUACCUUGCUCUUUCACUGUUGGCUCGCAUGCACAAUGUUUUAAAAGACGACAUAAAGUUGGACAUUAAUGUGGACUAUGUUGAUAACAGCAAAGGCUUCAUUAUAAGUGUCAAUCUCUGGCCAGCUUCUAUUAGUGGACCAAAUUCAUAUUCUAGUCGUACAGUAGCAGAGAUGUUAUACCGGCUUCUCAACCAUGCUUUAAAGUACAAUCCAAUUAAUGUGGGCUGGCUGAAAGUACUUGGAGAUCUCAACUAUGUGAUGGAUCACUUGUCUGCAGCUUUGAAGGCUUAUUUGGAGGCAGCUGUUGCCGCAACUGACUUUUUUAGUCAACCAUUGCCAAAAAUGCAAAUUGAUGACCAAGUCAUCCGUCGGAUGAUAAAAUGCUGCUCUUCUUUACAAUGCCACACCCAGGCUGCAGUUCUCUGUCAGUUUUUGGAGGAGGUUGAUUACGCCACUGCUUUCAAAUGCUUGGGUGAAACUAAAAGUGGAAGUUGUGCUGAUGCAAUGGACUCAUAUUAUGAAUGCGUUUGGGAUACAACUCUUUUAGAAUAUUUAGUGCAUCUCCACACCAAGAGAGGAGAAACUCAUCGUAAACAACUUGCAAUCCAUACUAUUGGUUUGCUUGAGUUAAACUCCAACAACAAUGCAGAAAUUCAACGGGAAGCUGAGAAUGUGAGAAAGGCUCGGUUUCUGAGAGCUUUAGCACACCAGUAUGUUUGUUAACUAAGUGUAUAUGACCUUUUGUACAUAAAAUAAAGAAUAGAAUAAUUAAAAACUCAA